AUGGGGCUUCACGUGCACAAGCCGAGCCUCCUUGGCUUGCUCUUGCUGGUCCUCCAAGGCAUUCUCUUAAUAUUGGGAAUCAUCAACUUCGUCUUUGGCGCCGUCUAUGGCAUUAUCCUGGGAGUGCUCACCAUCCUUCUGGUCGUGUGCGGAAUCGUGGGCGUGUUCACUCGCCACCGCCUCCUUCUCCUCGCGUUUGGAGUGUUCGCGCUUGUCCUGCUCGGUUUGGCCACGCUGAACCUGAUUCUGUGCAUCAUCGACGACUGCAGCGGUGGCGCAAUCGCCAACAGUUCCGUCUUCAUCGGCUUCUACCUGGCCACGGUAGCGUGCACCCUGUUCGUGUACAACGAGGCCUCGGGCACCGGUGACUACUCCCAAGUGUAA